AUGCCUUCGACUGAAUACGUGGAUAUUUUACGGGAACAGGAGGAACUCGGACGUUGGAUCCAACGGUUUUGGACUAACCUUUGUAAAUUGGGUAGGGAAAAAAUUACGCGGGCAGUUUUGGAACAGCGUAGAGGUCUCCUUGAGCGAUAUUGGGAUGCGUUUUUAAAUGGUCACCGUCAACUGUUGCGAUUCAAAGAAGCCGAGGACAGUGCUUACGUAGACCAAGACCGCUUUUCUACCAUCGAAGAAGCUUAUCUUCAGGUCGCGGCUCAGAUGGCGCAGUACCAAGAGGACCUCGCGAAUGCGGGUCCCUCGCGUGGAGUACAAGCGCCUCCAGACCCGCCGGCAAAGCCGCAAUUGCCAAAGAUACAAUUACCUACCUUCUCGGGAGACCCCCUGCAGUGGGAGAGUUUCCGAGAUCUUUUCCGGAGCCUCGUUCACAGCGUUCCCAAUCUUCCAGAUGUACAGAAAUUGCUGUACCUGAAGACGGCCUUGACCGGGGAAGCGGCGGAGGUCAUCCAAAAUACGCCAAUCACCGAUGCUGGAUAUCAAGGAGCCUGGGAGGAUCUGGAGCAGCGGUACGGGAAUUUGCGUCUUCUGUCUUUCUCGCACCACCGGGCUCUUCUCUCCUGCCCUCCCGCGCAACAGCAGUCUGCCGCGGAAUUGAAAAGGCUGUUAGAUACAUUCAGACAAUCGAUCAGGGCGUACACGGCGCUAAACAAACCGGUACCUCAAUGGGAUGAGUGGUUUGUUUAUUUCUUAAACCAAAAAUUGGACAAAACCACCCACCUGGCCUGGGAAACCUCUCUUGCUGAUAGUCGUGACAUCCCGUCGUUCCGACAGCUUUCUCUUUUCCUAGAAAAUCGCAUCCAAGCGCUGGAUGCUGCUCAGGCGGCCGACCCCGUGUUGCAUCCCGCAACAACCAAAGGUGCCCUGGCUAAAACAAAAAAGGAGGCGUCUGUAAAACGGUCUAAUGUCGCAGUCUUAGCCGCAUCGGCUAAGAGUCCCGCCCCCCGUAAGUGCCCCUCGUGCGCAGGAAAUCAUAACUUUGCUUAUUGUUCUAAGCUAAAGGCGCUCCCACCACGGCGCCGGAAGGAGCGAGCGCAACAACUACAGGCGUGUUUUAACUGCUUGACUGUUGGCCACGACUCGAACAAGUGCCCAUCCAGCCAAGUCUGCUUAGCGUGCGGCAACAAGCACCACACGCUCCUCCAUGAUGCGAUGGCGAGUCCCGCGAAGAGUGCACCCACGGCCAAAGAAGACGCUCCAACAUCUCCACCGCCAGCGGUUUUUUCCGACAUCGAAGAAAAAAACGUAGCUGCCUCCUUCGCCUGUUCAGCUACCACUCGACCCGCCGCGCUCUUAGCAACGGCCAAGGUGAGGGUGGAGGCACCAUCAGGGGAACACCUAGAGGUCAGAGCCCUGCUAGACACCGGUUCGGACACGUCGCUGGUAUCGGGUUGGGUAGCUCAAGCACUCCGUUUGCCACGGCGGGCGGUUAGCGUCGCCAUCUCAGGAGUACAGGAGAAUGAGAGUGGACUGGCGAAAAGCGAAGUUUCCUUUUCUUUGCGCUCUCGUCUGGACCCCAGCUUUCACUUGUCGGUUCGUGCGUUGGUGCUGCGGAAACUGACGGCGUUGCUCCCAGCUCGAGCAGUGCAACCACAGUCUUGGCCGCACCUUCAAGGAGUGAUUCUCGCCGAUCCUGAAUAUGGAGUACCCUCUCGUGUUGACUUGAUCCUAGGAGCUGAUAUUUGUGGAGUUUUGUUACAGGACGAGUCGAGGGUUGGACCGAUUGGUACCCCAACGGCGCGGCGUACGCCUCUUGGGUGGGUACUGAUGGGCCCUGUCUCUGAUGCCAAAGGACCUAGCAGCAAGGCAGUCGUCCACAGCCUUCAUUGCCAAACGGACGACUCAACGAAUAGGCUGCUUCGGCGCUUUUGGGAGCUCGAAGAGCUACACGAACAGCCCCCGUUAUCACCCGAGGACCGAGAAUGUGAGCGGCACUUUCGAGAGACGCACUAUCGGGACGAAACAGGCCGCUACUCGGUGCACCUACCUUUCAAAUUGGAUCCAAGCCUCGCCCUGAAGCCCAGCAGAUCGACGGCGCUAAAGCUGCUGCUCAGCUGUGAGCGCAAGUUGGCGUCCAACGAAGCCUGGCGAGACAAGUACUCGCAGUUCAUGGACGAGUACGCGGCCUUGAGUCACAUGGAGGCGGUACCGGAAUCUGCGGUUCAGGAUCCAGCCUACUAUCUACCGCACCAUGCUGUGGCGAAGCGAUACGACCCUACUGGCAAAAUCAGGGUCGUCUUCAAUGCCUCCUUUCGCACCGCCACGGGAUCCUCUCUCAACGACUGCCUGCUGCCUGGACCGAAACUACAGUCAGACCUCUGGAUGAUUUUAACACGAUGGCGCCUUUUUCGAGUAGUAUUUACCUCGGAUAUUGUUAAAAUGUUUCGGCAGAUUCGAGUAGACCCGGCGGACGCGGACUGGACCAGGAUACUUUGGCGCUCCAGACCCGAUCAACCUGUACAAGACUUCAGGCUCAAGACCGUCACCUAUGGCACAGCCUGCGCGCCCUUCCUUGCGCUGCGGGUGUUGGUCCAACUAGCGGCAGACGAAGAGGAGCGUUUUCCGCUGGGAGCGGUCGCAAUUCGUCGGCAUUCGUAUGUGGAUGAUAUCCUUGCCGGAGCCGACGACGAGGAAGCAGCUCUGGAAUUACGACGACAGGUCAUCUCCAUCCUGCAAUCGGGAGGCUUCGAUCUGAGUAAAUGGGCAUCGAAUAAGCCGAGCUUACAGGAAGCGGAAGAAAGUCAAGCCUGCGUGUUCCAGGACCACACUGGAGUCAGUACCUUGGGAGUCGUCUGGAGGCCAACCACGGACACCUUCUCCUUGCGUGUCCUUCCACCCCUCAAAGAGCCCUCCCGAUACACAAAAAGGCGUAUCCUCUCGGAAGUAGCCAGUCUCUUCGACCCCUUGGGAUGGGCGGCCCCUGUUUUAAUUUUCGCAAAGAUUCUCAUGCAGGACCUCUGGAUAAUUGGCGCAGAGUGGGAUGAGGACUUACCUGACCAACUGCUUUCCGCAUGGAAAACCUUCCGGACGACGCUGAGCCAACUCGACGCUUUGGCCAUUCCUCGCUGGACGAACUACUCAGCAGACUCGGCGCAACUGGAUCUGCACGGGUUCUGCGAUGCCUCCCAGCGAGCUUAUGCAGCCGUCGUCUACCUGCGAGUGUCCAAGGGAGAAGUCAGCGUGACCACACUGCUUGUGGCAAAAACCAAGGUCGCUCCGGUCAAAGCCGUUAGCAUACCACGCCUGGAAUUAUGCGGCGCGGUGCUUCUUUCCAAAUUAAUUGCGGAAGUACAAAGGGGAUUGAACGUACCAGCAACCAUCACGGCUUGGACGGACUCUAGCGUUACCCUCCACUGGAUCCGGGGGCAUGCCUCGACCUGGAAGCCGUUUGUUGCUCACAGAGUAGCCACUGUGCAGUCCAAUGUUCCGCCUCAAAAUUGGAGACACGUGGCUACCAAACACAACCCUGCGGACUUGGCAACAAGAGGGAUAACGCCGUCGGAGCUCCUAUCGUCGCAGCUUUGGUGGAGGGGACCCUCCUGGCUCAUCAACCCCCCCGAUCAGUGGCCUGCAUCACCACUAGGAAAAGGUCGAGGAGGUCGACUUGGAGCAGGGCCGAGUACAAAUCUACCUAGCAAAGGAAAACGAGGAGAACGAUCUCUUAACAAGGUUUUCAAGCUUGACACGCCUAACUGCCGUUAUUGCUCUCUGCUUUAG